AUGAGCGCCGCCCCUCUUGCCAGCACCCACGCCAGCGCCCUCCACCCGUCCGAGGUGCACGCUACCACCGGCGCCGAUGGACACCCCAUCCUCACCACCGGGCCCAUGACGCCUUCCCUCGACUUUGACCCCAAGAAGUUCUCGGCGGGCCAGACGGGCGGUGCCCAGGACUCGGGCGCCCACGCCAACCCCCACCCCGUCGUCGCCAAGUCUGGUAUCGACCUCUCUACCGGAGUCACCCGCCCCGCCGAGACCCACGCCAACUCGGGCACUUUCGAGUCCAGCAGCACCGGUACUGGCUCUGCUGAGCCCAGCGUCACUGGUCUUCGUCAACGCGCGGGAUCCAUCUCCAACACUGUCGGUGCCAAGGUCAACGCGGUUACCAGCAAUGUCGGCGAGAAGCUCAACACGGCCGGCUCCAAUGUCAGCGCGCAGGUCCAGCAUGCGGCCGAGCACCCGGCGGUGCAGAAUGCCAAGCAGGCGGCUUUGAAGCAGACCGACAGCUUCCGCGAGACACUCGGCCGGUACCCCAUCAUCGUCAACGCUGAGAAGCGGACGGGUGUCGACCGUGUCGCCCUCGUCAUCGGCGGUGUCUUCCUCUACCUCCUUCUUAUCCCCCUCAACCUCUUCGGCCUUGCUCUCCCUACCACCCAGCUCCUCACCUUCCUCCCUCCCACCUUCCUCGCCCUCCGCACCCUUGACAGCCCCAACGAGGAGCGCACCAAGACCCUCCUGUCCUACUUUGUCGUCUUUGGAUUUGUCCAGUUCGCCGAGAGCUUGAUGGCAGGUUUCCUUGAGCGCAAGAUUCCCCAAUACUACACCGUCAAGCUCAUCUUCCUUGCCUACCUCAUCCACCCCAAGACCAAGGGAGCACGCAAGAUUCACUCCUCCGUCCUCCGCCCCCUUCUAGCCCGUGCCCAGCAGGUCCAGAAGUCCGCCGACAGCCACGUCUCCACCCCGCCCACUACCAAGCCUUCUUCCGGCGCCACCGUCAACAGCCCCUCCUUCCCUACUUCCGACAUCCCCUCCGCCCGUACCUCCGGCUUCACCAACGCGACCUCCAACUCCACCAGCUCGGGCGCGCCCGCCGGUUACGGUGUCCCCCCCUCGUCCGCUCAGGGCUCUACCCUCGGUGGGUCCGGAGCUGGCCAGAUCCACCUCCCCAGCGGGAGCGGAACUGGUGUCGGCCAGGAGGUGCCCAAGUACUAG